AUGCAUGACAUAGUUUUCAUCAUCUUUCAGAUGGUCUAUGCUCUCAUUAUCCAAGAAGGUUCUGGUGGACUUGGUGCUUUUGCUGCAUUAUCUACAACAUCUUCAACUAUCUCUGAGGCUGUCCUGCAGCUUCUAUGGAAGAAGCUAACCUCUAUGGAACCUCUUAUUUAUCUUCUACCACAUGAUCUUAUUCAAGAAUAUGAAAGUUCAGAUGGGGUAUUGAAGUGGAGAUUUCUUAGGACUCCACAGCAGUCUGAUCUAGAGAGAUUUCAGUCAUAUGCCAGAAGAGUCAAAAUGAUCUGUGCUGUUGAUGGCAAAGCACUCCAGUCCAGACAUAUCCAUGUUUUUCAAACUCUGGCAGCCUUGCAUGAUAGGAUCAGAUCUGCAGGCUCCCUUUUGCCCUAUCUCUAUCAUAUAGAAUUGAUGGACAAAAGUGACUGUUUGAUCCAAUAUCUGGACAGACUUUUGCUUCCAGGAUUGCAGACUUUGAUACUGCCUCCUCAUAUGAUCUUGCCACCAGAUGUGCAGACUCUGCUGCCUCAUCUGCAAAAUUUGGUCUACAUCUCAGAUGCAUUUCAUACUAGCAUGAUUUUAAACUCUUUGUCCAACUGCACUUUCAUGCACCGCCUCACCCUAUCCUACAUCCAAUGUUCCUUGAUGGCAUCAUUAGCAUCUCUCCAUCAGCUCAUCAGCCUAACUCUUAUCAUCAUUCCUGGAACAUCUAUCAUGCGGAAGACCAGCUCUAUUUCCAACCAUUCUAUUCGUAUGGAGGUUCUAAACAUUCAAGUGGAACCUAACCUGCACUCUUCAAAUGUCUCUGUCAACAUUGGUUUUCCAGCUAUCAUAUCUCUUUUAUCCAACCAUCACAUCAUCUGUCAGGGCCUCAGCAUCAAUAUCCACCAAGAAUAUUGCUUUGCAAAUCUUAUUCUGCAUUUUUUCAAUAUCUUAACAUCACUUCCAUCAGUUGAUGAUGAUGAUGAUGGAUUCCUGGCUUGA